UCUGUCUAUCUUUCUUUUUUUAAAUCUUUAUUAUUUCAUUUCCCUCUCACCUUCUUCAGUCUCUCAUUCCCCGCACUUUUUUUUACUUCGCAUAAUUCUCCCUUCACCUCUUUUUCUUUCUAUUCCUAUUCUACUCUAUCAAAUCUGUUCAACUCUCUUUUUCCUUCUUUCAAUCUUUUACCCUCUCUCUUCCUGUUGUCUUCCUCCGCCUCUCUACUCCUUUCUCUCUCUUCGUCGCCCUCUCUGUCUACUCCUUCUCCCUCUCUCUAUGUGUCUGCCGCUUUUUCUACUCCUUCCUCUCUAUCUUCGUCCUCCCCUCUCUACUGUCUCCCUCUCUCUCUUUGUCUGUCUCUUCGCCCGCCUUCUGCCUGCCGCACUUUUCCUUCUUACGUCUAUAUAUUAUAUCACGCGCAUACAUAUAUAUACACGUAUAAAUACAUAUACACACAUAAAUAAACCUAUCUCUCCAUAUUCUCUUUUUUUUGUCGUUCUCUUGUUCUAAAUCGGUCAUAUAUGUAUGAGUAUCUAUCCUUCGCUUUAUUCCGUCACUUAACUGGGGACGUUUCCCUUCCUGCUAUUCGAACACAUCCUUCAAGCAGCUGGAAACUGGAACUACCACUACAAGACAUCAACUUUUAUCCCAGCCCAAUACUUACCUCAUGUACCCUACACAGCCUCCAGGAGGGCCUGGCAUGAACCCCCAAAUUUCUGGUGGGCUACAGCCAGGCGGAAUGCCCCCAAGUGGGGUUCCACCUGGCGGACUGCCCCCAGGUGGAAUUCCACCUGGCGGACUACCACAAGUCGGGCCGCCACCGAGUGGGCCACCACCUGGUGGACUUCCCUCAGCAUUACAACCCACACAGGGUAGUAUCGUUGAUGUUCCAACAACACUUCCAGAUUUUGUCUCACCAUCACGGCCUAAUGUCGGCCAGCUUGGCAGACCGAUCCAGUUACGAGCAAACUUUUUCAAGAUUUCAUUUCCUAAAUACAACAUUCACCAUUAUGAGGUGAGCAUAUCACCAGACAAAUGUCCACGCCGGGUAAACAGAGAGAUUGUAGAAACCAUGGUACAGGCUUACAGUGCUAAAAUAUUCCAUGGAGAAAAACCAGUUUUUGAUGGUAGAAAAAAUUUAUACAGUCGAAUGCUUCUUCCUUUUGAUAGAGAACGGGUUGAGCUUGAGGUGACUUUGCCAGGAGAGGGAAAGGAUCGGAUAUUUAAAGUAGGGAUUAAAUGGGUAGCACAAGUUAACCUGUUUGCACUUGAAGAGGCCCUCUCAGGACGAACCCAGAAAAUUCCAUAUGAUGCUACACAAGCUUUGGAUGUAGUGAUGCGACACCAACCAAGUAUGAUAUAUACUCCAGUGGGUCGUUCUUUUUUCAACCAACCCAGAACGAAGCACUAUCCGCUUGGUGGUGGCAGAGAGGUUUGGUUUGGCUUUCAUCAAAGUGUUCGCCCAUCCAACUGGAAGAUGAUGCUAAAUAUUGAUGUGUCAGCUACAGCCUUUUACAAGGCUCAACCAGUUACCAGCUUCCUGUGUGAUGUGCUGGAACUACGAAACUUAUCAGAACAGAAACGACCCCUCAUAGAUGCUCAACGGGUCAAAUUUACUAAAGAAAUUAAAGGUCUAAAAGUUGAAAUCACUCACUGCGGGCAAAUGAGACGAAAGUACAGGGUUUGCAAUGUGACCAGGCGACCUGCUCAAACACAGUCAUUCCCUUUACAGUUGGAAAACGGUCAAACAGUAGAAUGUACAGUUGCUAAAUAUUUUUAUGAAAAAUACCAAAUGAAGUUAUUAUAUCCGCAUUUACCUUGUCUGCAAGUUGGUCAAGAACAAAAACAUACUUAUUUGCCUUUAGAAGUUUGCAACAUUGUUGGCGGCCAACGUUGUAUAAAAAAAUUAACUGAAAUGCAAACAUCCACCAUGAUCAAAGAAACUGCUCGGUCAGCACCAAACCGAGAACGGGACAUCAACAGUUUGGUGUCUAAAGCAAACUUCAGUGAAGAUCCCUAUUUGCAGCAGUUUGGUGUUCAGGUCAAUCCAAAGAUGGUAGAGGUUGAAGGGCGUGUUAUAGAUGCACCCAAAAUCCAAUAUGGUGGACGGACGAAAGCAUUAGCAGUUCCAAACCAAGGUGUGUGGGAUAUGCGUGCCAAACAGUUUUACAAUGGGAUAGAGAUCAGAGUGUGGGCUAUUGCUUGUUUUGCUGCCCAAAAAAACGUCAAAGAGGAAGCCCUCAGGAGUUUUACACAACAACUGCAGCGUAUUUCAAACGAUGCUGGCAUGCCAAUCAGUGGCCAGCCCUGCUUCUGUAAAUAUGCCAGCAUUCCCGAGCAUGUUGACCCAAUGUUUACAUAUUUGAAGAAUAAGUUCCAAGGACUACAGCUGAUAGUUGUCAUACUGCCAGGAAAAACACCAGUUUAUGCUGAAGUGAAGCGUGUUGGUGAUAUCACAUUUGGCCUUGCUACUCAAUGUGUCCAGGCCAGGAAUGUUACGCGUACAUCUCCACAAACUCUCUCCAAUUUAUGUCUGAAGAUAAAUGUCAAACUAGGUGGCAUCAACAGUAUCUUACUUCCAAGUAUUCGACCUGCUAUAUUCCGAGAACCCGUCAUAUUUAUUGGUGCAGAUGUCACUCACCCACCUGCAGGAGAUGCUAGUAAACCUUCAAUUGCUGCUGUUGUUGGCAGCAUGGAUGGCCACCCAAGUCGAUAUUCUGCUUCUGUUCGGGUCCAAGAACAUCGCAAAGAAAUCAUUCAAGAACUUGCCAUCAUGGUCAAAGAGCUUUUGAUGGAAUUUUACAAGUGUACAAUGUUUAAACCAGCUCGAAUUGUCUUCUAUAGAAAUGGUGUCAGUGAAGGACAGUUUCAGCAGGUACUAAGUUAUGAGUUGAGAGCUGUGCGGCAAGCCUGUAUUGACCUUGAUUUAGCCUACCAACCUGGAAUCACCUUCAUCGUAGUACAGAAAAGACAUCAUACCAGACUGUUCUGUGCGAAUGAACAAGAUCAAGUUGGCCGAAGUGGGAAUAUCCCAGCUGGAACCACUGUGGAUCAUGGUAUCUGCCAUCCAACAGAAUUUGAUUUUUACCUCUGCAGUCACACUGGCAUACAGGGAACCAGUCGGCCUUCACAUUAUCAUGUUCUCUGGGAUGACAACCGGUUCAGUGCAGACGAACUUCAGACGUUGACCUAUCAGCUUUGCCAUACAUAUGCAAGAUGCACGCGGAGUGUGUCUAUACCAGCACCAGCUUACUAUGCCCACCUAGUUGCUUUCAGAGCUCGUUACCACCUAGUUGAGAAAGACCACGACAGCGGCGAGGGUAGUCACCAGUCAACUUCACAAGAAGAGCGAACCCCAACUUCCAUGUCGAAUGAAAUUGCAGUGCACCCUGACACCAUCAAGGUCAUGUACUUUGCUUAACUCUCAUCAUCUUACACUACCAUGUGACCAGCAGCUGUUUAACAGGAAGAUAAAUGGACUUCUUAGGUUUUGAUGUUGCCUAUUGCUGUUGUUGUUUUUGUUAUCAUCAUUAUUAUUAUCAUCAUCAUCAUCAUUAUUAUUAUUACUGCUGUUGUUAAUUUUAUUUAAUUUCGAGGAGAAGAAAAGAAUCAGUGCAUUGUGUUAAAAUAUAUUUGUUUGUUGAAACAUGCACACAGACACACACACACACACAUCCACACUCUUUUAUACACUUCAGCUUUAUUGGUUUGUAAUAAUUCUGUGUGGAAGCACAUGAUACACAAUCGUUCGAUUGUGCUUUCGAUUCCUGAACUGGGUGACGAGCAAAAACACAUCAUUUCAUGUAAAUCCACUCAGCUGGCAAAAAUGCUAUUUUAUUACUAAUAGGCAUCCUGUCCGGUGGGGAAUAUUUAAGCCACAGAAUCUAGGGAAACUGGCUUUAUAAACCUAUGAAUCAGGAAGGACCUUCCGAUUAAAAAAAAAUUUUUUUUUUUUUUUUAAAGAUAUCUGUCUCAUUAUAUAAUGUCCAUUGUCCAUGCUGGCAUGGGUUGGACAGCUUGACCAGUGCUGACCAGUCUGAUUUGGCACGGUUUCUUCAGCUGGUUACCCUUCCUAACACCAAC